AUGCACCCUCUCGUGAUUCCACCCCUUCUUUGGGGCCAUCACGAAGAGAGGCAGCGCCUGUGUUGCCUGCCCAUUGGUUGCCCGGUUCCGCAUUCUUUGUUUUCGGCGCACUUGUGGUGGGCGACGGUUGAGUCCCUGCGUCGCAAGUCCUUCAAACGCGAGGCCUUUGUGUCAGUUGACGAUAUGAAGACUCCCUCCACUGCUGAGAUUGCUCUCCCUGUUGGCAGUCGGCACCAACGCACAGGAUGGGCGAGCGAGGCUAGUGCAGAGAAGAAGGCUCAAAUCGCGGAAGUUUUGGCAGCUACUACUAUUCCUGAAGGUGACGUAGAAUCGGAUCCAUCCUCGACGACUCGUGGUCCAAUGAACUCGCUAAGGACGAUGAAGGGGAUCAAAGGGAAGGUGUCACGGGACAAGUCCAAUACUGGAAUGUCGUUGAAGGUGACCCCAAUGAGGAAUAAGAAAGCUCAGAAACUGUUUGGUAGGAAGAAGCGACGAUAG